GAAAAAUCAAGGAUCUCUUUCCCGAAGGCUCUCUUGACAGCUCCACCGUUCUGGUUCUGGUGAAUGCCAUCUAUUUCAAGGGGCAGUGGAAUGAAAAAUUUGAUCCAAAAAAAACUGAGCAGGGGCAAUUUUGGCUGAACAAGGAUACAAGCAAACUUGUCCAGAUGAUGAAACAAAGCAAUAUGUUUAAGUUCGCCUCACUGGAGGACAUGCAAGCCAAGAUCCUGGAAAUACCAUACAAAGACAAAGAUCUGAGCAUGGUGUUGUUGCUGCCAAAUGAAAUAGAUGGUCUUCAGCAGCUUGAAGACAAACUCACUGCAGAGAAAUUAAUAGAGUGGACGAGCUCACGGAAUAUGAGCAUGAGUCAUGUGCAUGUUCACUUACCUCGGUUCAAAGUGGAACAAAGCUUUGACCUCCAGGUCACUAUGAAAGCCCUGGGGAUGGUGGACGCCUUCAGUUCAGGGGAUGCCGACUUCUCGGGCAUGUCAGGAAGUGGGGGUCUCGUGAUAUCUGCAAUCGUACACAAGGCCUUUGUGGAGGUGAAUGAGGAAGGUACAGAGGCUGCAGCUGCUACUGGCGUAGUAGGUUCUAUCACAUCAGUACCAAAUUAUGAAAUGUUCCAUUGUGAUCAC